AUCAUUGAUGGCUAACUUCCUCCUGCUUUAAACCCUUAAGACAUCAAUUAUAUUCGGGCACAGCUCUUUCAAAUAAGUUGCUCACCCCAAUCUAAAAAUGCAAAAUUUUCCGUUCUAGUGUUCUUAUACUUUGACCUGACAUGAUUAUCUAAUUGAUAUCUUAUUCUUAAAAAGAAUUAUUUACAUAUGAGUUUGAAAUUUCGAUCUUGUGAGGUAGCAACCUGUACUAUGUAAGGUUGAAAUGGAAACAUGGUUUUUGACAGAAACCAAUCCGUAAAGAUUGGCGUUUUGAGGAUUAUUUAUGGCAAAACGACUGCCCGAGAAACAUAUGGCUGCUGCCCGUUGUCUUCUGCAGUAUCAGCUGUCCGCCUGCCCGCUCCCUCUCUCCAUUUCACGGUCAGCUGCUACAAUAACACAAAUAAAUAUAUAUAUAUACAGUCUUGCGCCUUCACAUUCCGCCAUCUCUCCCAUAACCCAGAACGCCACCGCUCAAGGCGGUGCCCUCCCCCCUCCCCGCCAAAACAACACAUUAGAACAAUGGGUCAGGAACUGAGUUGCAGACCCAGAGAAGAAAAGGGGUUGUUUACCGCCGUGCAGGGCGGAGAUGUGGAAAUGGUGGAGGCGGUGUUGCAGAGAGACCCAAGUCUUGUUCGACGCGCCACAGUGUAUGAUCGCCACUCUGCUUUGCACAUAGCUGCGGCCAAUGGCCACAUCCAGAUUCUCACUGUGCUGUUAAACCGAUCUAUUAACCCAGAUUUGUUAAAUCGCCAUAAACAGACUCCAUUGAUGUUAGCCGCCAUGUAUGGGAAGAUCUUUUGUGUGCAAAAACUCAUUGAAGCUGGAGCCAACAUAUUGGUGUUUGAUUCACUUCAUGGAAGAACAUGCUUACACUAUGCUGCUUACUAUGGCCAUUCUGAUUGCCUUAAAGCAAUUCUUUCUGCCGCUCGCACAUCCCAUGUUGCUGUUUCCUGGGGAUAUGCUCGAUUUGUGAAUGUUAGGGAUGGCAAAGGAGCAACUCCUUUGCACUUGGCGUCCCGCCAAAGACAGCCUGAAUGUGUUCAUAUGUUAUUAGAUAAUGGAGCUCUGGUCUGUGCAUCUACAAGUGGAUAUGGUUUUCCGGGUAGUAGUCCCCUUCAUUUGGCUGCAAGAGGGGGUUCUCUUGAUUGCAUCCGCGAAUUAUUGGCAUGGGGAGCAGAUCGACUUCAAAAAGAUGUGUCUGGGAGAAUACCUUACACAGUUGCGUUGAGAUAUCAUCACGGUGCGUGUGCAGCUUUGCUAAAUCCUUCGUCUGCAGAACCGCUUGUAUGGCCUUCACCGCUUAAGUUCAUAAGCGAGUUAAAUAAAGAGGCAAAAGCUUUACUAGAGCAGGCCCUAAUGGAGGCAAAUAAAGAGAGGGAAAAGAAUAUUUUAAAGGGGACGUCUAACGCACUGCCUCCUCCUCAUUUUGAAGCGGGGUCUGAUGGCAAAAUUCCCGAGGCGGGCGAUACAGAAGUGUGUUGCAUAUGUUUCGAUCAGCUCUGCUCGAUUGAAGUCCGAGAUUGUGGACACCAAAUGUGUGCGCAUUGUGUGCUGGCAUUGUGCUGUCAUAACAAGCCGGACCCUAAAACGACCGUGGCUGCUGUGCCAUUGUGCCCUUUCUGCCGGAGCAGCAUUGCACAACUAAGCGCCAUCGAGGUUAAAGGCGGGGACAGUGAGCAGGAUGCCUACUCGAAGACGACAAUGAAGGCUAGGAGGUCGAGGAACAUGAAUGAAGGGAGUAGCAGCUUCAAGGGGCUAUCAUCGGGCGUGGGAUCGCUUGGCAGAAUAGGCGGGUGCGGGUUGGGAAAAAUUGCAGCUGAAAAUCAAUGGAUCAAUAAGCCCUCAAGCCUUGGUUCUUAGCUCGAUCUGAUCAAAUUUGGUAUAUACAUACAUUGCUCUAUCUCUCACCAUUUGCAUAUAUGCUUUCAAGAUUCAUGGAAUGAGCAAAGUUGAAGUGAAUCAAUUGGGUUGGUGGUGAGUAAAGUGUAUUGUUUAUGAGGGUCAACAAUAAUGUCUGUUGUAAAAACUCUAUUUACUUGUGCUUGAAGGAGGGUGGUAAUUUUGAUGGCCUGCAGCCCUGCUUCCUUUUUUGAAUGCUUAUUUUUAGGCAAUAUACCUAAAAAUGAGCAUUCAAUAUAUCAAAAAUGAUUAUUUAUAUGUGGUCCAAACUAUAAUUUACUACCAUUCAUCUCCAUCA